GCGUAAAACCGUAAAUUUUUGUCAAAAAAAGUUGGAGGGCAAAAGCCACAAAUUUUUACAUAAGAUAGGAGUGUUUCGUGUCGAUCUUAAUUUAAAAAAGAGUUGAGCUCAAAAUUCGUUUUCCCAUUUAUUAAAACAACAUUGGAUAUAUUAUUCGAGAUUAACAUCAAGAAAAUGAUUAUUAGCUUGAAUUUCAUCUUACUUAAUUCAUUACGUAAAGUUUAAGCCAACUGGUAAAAUUAAAACAAAAUUUGCACAUAUUCUUGAAUAUUAACAUCAAGAAAGUGAUCAUUCGGCUUGACUUUCAUCUUACUUCAUUGCAUAAAAUUCAAAUUCUACUGGUAAAAUUUAUAAAAAAAAUGCACAUAUUCUUUAACCUGAACAUCAAGAAACUAAUCAUUAGCUUGAAUUUCAUCUUACUUUCAUUACAUAAAAUUCCAAGCUAACCAGUACGACUCAAACAAAAUUCGCACAUAUUUUUGGGCAUCAACAUAAAAAAAAAAGUGAUCAUUAGCUUGAACUUCAUCUUACUUCAUUAAGUAAUCAAAAUUCCAAGCCAACCAGUAAGAGUAAAACAAUUUUUGCACAUAUUCUUAACCAUCAACAUCAAUAAAAGUUAUCACUAUAUAGCUUGAAUUUCAUCUUACUUCGUUACGUGAAAUUCCAUACCCAUACCCUCUAUAAAAACCUACCCCGGCCAAACCCAACAUUUUUUGGUACAUGCAUGCAACGUAAAAAAAACAAAAACAAAAAAAUGCCAACAUUCGAAUUGACGUCCGACAGCGAAUUUAUCAUGGCAUCCACCGACGAACGCACGGACGUCAUAGUUCUGGAGUACUCCGACGACCCAACUGCCCUAGAGAUGAUCCGUCCUUCUCCCAUCUCCGGCGAGUUGAUCGACGGCGUUAGGGUUGGAGCUUCCCCAAAGGCCGAAUACAACGCGCUCGAAGUCAUGGGCGCGGUGAUAAAGAAGAGGAGACUCAAAGAGCUGGCCAAGGACCUCGUCCUUCCACUGCUGGACGGCGGGUUCCUGCCUCUCUUGGUCAACCGCCGCGGCCUCUGCCUGGCGAUGGACAUCGACCACCCGUCGGUUUGGAGGCUGAGGAUCAACGACUACUUUGGCUGGUCCAAAUACGGCGUGAGAUCAGAGAUUUCGGACGCCGGCUGCGUGUGGAACAAAUGUGACAUGUACAAUGGUGCGGUGGUGGUGGAUGUGGAGGAAGCCAUGAGCGCCGUCGAGGAAGCCAGGGAGCUGCGAGUUGCCCUGAAAGAGAAGAAGAGAGUGAUACAGGACGGGAGGUCGGAGCUGGCCGUGUGUAGGAAGGAAGUGGAGUGCAUGAGGGAAGUGGUGGAGAAGAGCAACAGAGAGGUGGCGAUGGUGAAGGCUCGGCUUCAGGCUUUCAAGGCGGGGCUUAGGUGCUUAGUGGAUGAUGAUCAUCAUGACGGGGAGUAAGCAACUAUACGAUUAUACUAGUAUAAGCCUGCGCGCUAGCGAUUCGGCGUUCGAGCGCGCGUGAUAUUUUAAGGAAUAAUAAUUUGAAUGUUGAUGAAAAAGUAAAAGGGAUCUUAUUUUAUUUAUAAUCUUUAUUUCCAUGGGUUUGUCAGCUAUAAUAACAACACGUUGUCGGUGAAGCGAUGAACUUGCAUAAGAGAGAAGAGUUGUCGAGCAAUGAUUUCUAUGUUUAAAUUUCUCUCGUGAUGCUAUUGUUUCAGCUUGUACUCUUUUUUAUUAGUUUGUUUGUUUUUUGGAUUUAAAGUCAUCUUAAUUUUUUUUUAUGAAUUACCGAAACUUAUCGCAAGUUUGAGUAGGUUCAACACGCAUUCAUGACCAAGUUGAAUUAGGCUGGAUACUCAUGGGUUUUAGUGUCAUUCUCAAACUAAAAGAAAAGGAAGAAAUUAAAAUACACUAAAACAGGUAAAACUCGCUUCAGACAUAAAACUCGUCAACACCGGGUUCAACUCGUUUUGACAGGGUUGAAUCGAUUUUUUUAAAAUUCACACCCAGCACAACCCGCCAAUUACAAAGUCAGAUAAAACUCGCUCCCGACCAAAAACUUGUAAAAACCGUGACUCGCACGAAACUACACCACAAAUUAAUCCCGACUAGAGCCCAAGUUUUUAAACUCUAGUCGGGUGCAGUAUAGAGCAAGUAUUUAAAUUGUUAACCGACCUGAUACAUGUACCCCUACUUCAAUCGCUUAGGUUGUUAUCUAGCAAACAACUUUUGGGUUUUCAAACUAAGAAAACUACAAACUAAAC